CAAAACGAGCGCGUCCUCCCGUCGUCCACCCAUUCUCAUCUCCGCCCAAAAAUAGGCGCCCUCAACGCACCAAAAGGCUCCGCUUCCCAAACUGGGCCCGCCCGUGCGCAGCCGCGGCCAGCCUCAUCGCCACCGGCGGCAGCAGCACCGGCGCCGUCCACCUCCACUCCACCACCGCGUUCACGCGCUCCCGUCGCUGUCGGUCCCGCCCCUCUAUUUAUAUCCCCGCCCCUCUCCACGCCUUCCCUAGGCAGGCGCACAUCCAGCCCCUGCCCUCUCCUCCCGAAUAAAAUUUCCGCCCAGGGCUCCCCAAGAAAACCUACCGAUCCAUCCCGCGGCCGAUCCAUCUGUCCAGGUGAAAAGAAGGAAUAAUCAAUCCGAGGACACAAUUCCUAAUCGGAGCCGGAAGCCUGCGCGGUUUGAUCCCUUGCGUCUCCUGCCCAGCCCUGCCGCGCGGCGACAUCUUUCAUUCGUUCGAGGUUGCGUCGCGGAAGAAUCUGUGUGAGGAGAGGGGAGGCUCUUGGAAUCUCGUUGGGCUGUGUUGCACGGCAAGACGGCGGGCGCGGCGGCCAAGAAGAUGCGGGUGCUGGAUGAGGAGUUCUUCCCCUCCACCCCCGGGAAGGUGAAGAUCGAGAGGGCGGGCGCCAUGAACCGGCAGCUGCACCGCUGCUUCGCGUCCACCAGCACCAUGUUCCUCUGGGCGCUCUUCCUCGUCGCCAUGACCGCGUCCUACCUCAGCUUCCAGUCAUUCGUCGACACCUCUUCCAAGUACUUCGCCGCCUCCUGGGGCGGCCUGCACUGGGAGCGGCAGAUCCGCGCGUCCGCCGCGCCGAGGAGACCUCCCGGGUCGGCCUCCGGGGCGGGGAUGUCGGUGCUGGUCACCGGCGCGGCGGGGUUCGUGGGCACGCACUGCUCCCUCGCGCUCCGCAAGCGCGGCGACGGCGUCGUCGGCAUCGAUAACUUCAACUCGUACUACGACCCCUCACUCAAGAAGGCGCGCAAGGCGCUGCUCGCCUCCCAUGGGGUGUUCGUCGUCGAGGGCGACAUCAACGACGGCCGCCUCCUCGCCAAGCUCUUCGACGUCUUGCCGUUCACGCACGUGCUCCACCUUGCCGCGCAGGCCGGUGUGCGCUACGCCAUGGAGAACCCGGCAUCCUACGUGCACUCCAACAUCGCCGGCCUCGUCACGCUCCUCGAGGCCUGCAAGGACGCCGACCCGCAGCCGGCCAUCGUCUGGGCGUCGUCCUCCUCCGUCUACGGCCUCAACGACAAGGUCCCAUUCUCGGAGGUCGACCGCACCGACCAGCCGGCCUCCCUCUACGCGGCGACCAAGAAGGCCGGCGAGGAGAUCACCCACACGUACAACCACAUCUACGGCCUCUCCAUCACCGGCCUCCGCUUCUUCACCGUUUAUGGGCCCUGGGGCCGACCGGACAUGGCCUACUUCUCCUUCACCCGCAACAUCCUGCAGGGGAAGCCCAUCACGGUGUACCGUGGCAAGGACCACGUUGACCUGGCACGCGACUUCACCUACAUCGACGACAUCGUCAAGGGCUGCCUCGGCUCCCUCGACACGGCCGGCAAGAGCACCGGCACCGGCGGCAAGAAGCGCGGGCCGGCGCCCUACAGGAUCUUCAACCUCGGCAACACCUCGCCCGUCACGGUUCCCAACCUGGUGUCCAUCCUGGAGAAGCACCUCCUCGUGAAGGCCAAGAAGAACGUGGUCGAGAUGCCCGGCAAUGGCGACGUGCCCUUCACCCACGCGAACAUCACCCUCGCGAGGGAGCAGCUCGGGUACAAGCCGACCACCAAUCUCAACGCCGGCCUGAAAAAGUUUGUCAAGUGGUACCUCUCCUACUACGGCUACACCGCGGGAUCGAAGAACUUGCGACAAUAAUCCGUGCUAAUUCUUCGUCUGAUUCUUCCCUUCUUUUUUCUCCUAAUUCUUUUCUCUAUGGCCCGGAUCGAACAUUGACAUUCUCAUCUCGAUUUUUUGGUGGAAAUAUCUUAGGGUGUUGUUUGAGGAGAGAGAAAUACUGGGGAAAAAUUCUUUUCUUGGUGAGGAGAGGGAGGAAGAAAGCAAUGGACCUUUUUUCCCCUCCAUCUUCGUCAGAAAUCUCAUGUAAUCUCGCAUUCUCGCUGAGCUGAUGAGUUGAUGCUAACUGAAUUAACCAAUGUUACUGAUGCGUGGAUAUCUGAAUUUGCACGAAUGAAUUGAAUUGUGUCUCAAACUAA